ACCACACACAAACGCGUUCCCCACAUACAUAAAAUCUUUCUCAUCGUCUAUUCCCUCUCAUAAUAAGGAACAAAGCCAGAGAGCUUCAGAGAGAUAGAGACAGAGAUAAAUAGAGAGAGAGAGAGAGAGAGAGAGAGAUUUCAAUGUUGUUCUGCUACAAGCAAUGGCUAUUACAGGUUCAGAAUCUCAGCCCCCAACAAGCAAAGCUGUUAACCCUCCGGUGGAGGUGGAGUGCGUAAAGUGCGAUUGUUGCGGGUUCACAGAGGAUUGCACCCCCGCAUACAUUCUACGGGUUCGUGAACGAUACCAUGGACGAUGGAUUUGCGGGCUGUGCGUCGAGGCAGUGAAAGACGAGGUUUUGAGAUCGGAGAGGAUCAUCUCCACUGAAGAAGCGCUUAACCGCCACACCAGUUUUUGCAAGAAAUUCAGAUCGUCGAGUGUUUCGAAUGAAGAAGCAGAGCACCCCAUCUCUGCCUUUGGACGGAUUCUCCGGCGCAGUUUGGAUUCUCCGAGAGCGGUUCGCUCAAAUUCUAGUGUUUCUCUUAGAGAUGUUGACAGGGUUCAUGGUUCUCUGGUUAGGUCGGGUAGCUGCUUCUCUUCGCUGUCUAGCUGAGUGUGAUAUUGCCAAGUUUGAAGAUACAUAUGAAACAGGGGAACUCUGUUUUGACUCUGUUUUGCUGAGACAUUUGACAUAUGAGGUUGGCUCUUUUGUAGCGCUCUAUUUUGCUUUUAGAUCAAACUGGGAUUUUUAGGGAGUGAAAUGCUUUUAUUAUAAAACUGCAAAAAAUUUAUUGCUUUGGACUUCCAAUGUAUAUACUAGGUUUAUAUGAUAAUUUGCUUUUCAUAUAAUUUAGAAAAACUAAAUCUAAUGCUGUUUUCCUUCA